AUGGGAGCAAGGGUGUUCUCCAAGAUUGACUUGCGGUCUGGGUAUCAUCAGUUCAAGAUUAAGUUAGAAGAUGUUCCAAAGAUGGCAUUUCGGACCCGUUAUGGCCAUUUUGAGUUUUUGGUGAUGCCGUUUGGUCUAACCAAUGCUCCUGCAGCAUUCAUGGACCUAAUGAAUAGGGUAUUCAGGCCUUAUUUAGACAAGUUUGUCAUUGUGUUCAUCGAUGAUAUUUUGGUUUAUUCACCUUCAAAUGAGGAUCAUGCUCAACAUUUGAGGGUUAUUAAUGGAAACUUUAUUGCUGUCAUGAGAUAUAAGGGAAAGGAACAAGUCUUACAACUUGUCAAAUUAACUUCUAUGGAGUCAGUACUAGACAUGUUAUGUGAACGAUGGGGCAUUGUGGUUUCUUAUGUAAGGAUGAAGUUUGCCAUACUAGAUACACACAAAAUUAUUUGUUCUAUAUAUUCUAAAGUAGAUUUUCAGCUUGUGUACCACAUAUAUCACAUGUUCAAUAAUAGUGCCGUCAACUUCAUAAUUAAUGCAGUUGAAGGGAUGGUGGACAUUCUCUUGGGCUCUUUACUCCUAUCGUAA